AUGCAGCCGCCACACGUGCAGACACAAGAGUCGGCGCUGCACGAGAUGCGGUCAAUGAACUCUGCAUCCAAAAGUGAAAACGCUGAUGGUCUCCGUGUCCCGUACCAGUCGCUGCGCAGUCCGUCGAGUAACCUCCGCGUGAAUAAAUGGGACGCGUCGAUUUUAGACUCGGAGCUGUUGGAGCUGCUGAAAAAGUCCGUGUUGAGCAUGUUCAGCAUGUUUGACCCUGCGAUGGUCGAUCGCGUCAUACCGGAAAUUGACGCAGCCCUCAAAGCGCUGCUCUUUGUAUGUUCCAUCGGCUUCAAGAGGCCCACACCAGGCAUGAAGCUGGAAAAUGUUCAAUACGCACCACAUCUGCUGACCCGACGCCGUCUUGUGGGGUUCUUCCUGCUGUCUGUGGCCGCGCCGUAUAUGUGGAAGCGCUUGUUUCGCUACCUCUCGUCGGUCCAAUGGACUGCUAGAGGACGUCUGCUUGCUGACGAUACGCGUGCAAGUGACAACACGUUGCACGAAAGAAAGUUGCUGACGGUGAUGGAGAAGAUCGAGACAGUGGUGGCCACGUGCCAGUUUGUAAACUUGCUCGUCUUCUUGCGCAGAGGGACGUACCCGUCGUUGGCCGAGAGGUGUCUUGGAAUGAAGCUGGAAAGCAUCGCUCCGUCGACAGCUCCGCGGCUGAUCAAUUACGAGUACAUGACUCGCCAGCUCUUAUGGGGUGGACUGAUGGACUUUGGCAAUUUCAUCCUGCCGAUUUUGACGUGGGGAAGUCUGCGUCUGCGUACAGUACUGCAACGGCGCUCGCGAACUCGCGGCAAUGGAUCGUCGCAGUGCUGUUUGUGUGGUAUGGCUCCGCCACAAACGCCAUACAUCACGUCGUGCAAGCACGUUUACUGCUUCUACUGUCUGCAGACUGCCGUUGCCAUGGACGACGAUUACGCGUGCGUGGCUUGCGGGGUGCUCUUUGAGUCGUCGCAGCGACUGCAAACGUAG